AAACUUCAAAGGGGAAAAAGAAUAAAAUUGAAUUGCGGGAGUUUUGUUGUGAAGUCACUGCAUAUUAUUCAUUUCGGUCUUUAAUUUCUGAAGUCGAUAACCACGAUGCUGUUUAGCUCAGCUUCAUCUGCUGCUCUCAAUAGAUUGUGCUGAAACUCCUUGGACGAAGUUAUUCUUGUCUGUGUUGAAUUGAUUGAGCUUGUUGGUUUAGUGUUAUUAUUCUAUUGGGUGUGCGUAUAUAUAUAUGCUUCGCACGCAAUUGUAAUGGCUGCCGUUAAGUUUUCGAGAUUGGCAAGAUCACUCAACUCCUCUUUAAAUUUCGCGAAUGGUAUUGAUGUCAGAUCUUCAUUCGCCUGUUUAAACCGUAGUUACCAUGCUAGUGAGUUACAUUCCUCCCGAGAUUAUGCUGCCAGAUGUUUUUCGGUGGUAGGUUUGAGCACUGCUAGUCAAAGGAAGAGCAUUGGGAGCUCAUAUUUAAGUAGGCCAUUGGAUAAUUGGGGUUUAAGAAGUGUGUCUUUUGGUGGGAGUAUCCCUGCCUGGAGUCCUCGAUUGUAUUCAUCAUCUGUAGGUGGUAAACGGAAUACUCCUGGAGGCUCAGAUCCUGCCAUUUCUGGUGUUAGUGAGUCUGGUAUGAGUGCAGGUGGGUCUGAUGGAGGUGAGUGGGUUUUGAAGGCAAGGGAAGCUUGGCAAGGUGUGGUGGAUGCUGUGACUUCUACAGGAGAAAAGGCGAAAGAGGCUUCUAGUGAAAUGACACCUUAUGUUCAGCAAAUGAUUGAUGCUCAUCCAUAUCUGAGAGACGUUAUUGCUCCUGUUAGUGGUACUUUGUUAUGUACUUUACUGGCUUGGGUGGUUAUGCCGAGGUUUUUGAGGAGGUUUCAUAAGAUCUCAAUGGAAGGGCCUGCUGCUUUGUUGUCUCAAACCUCAUUAUGGAGGCCUGUACCUUAUGAAGAAAGCAUCUGGGGUGCUUUGGAGAGUCCGGUUCGGUAUCUGAUCACCUUUAUGGCUUUUACCCAAAUUGCUGCUAUGGUGGCACCAACCAGCAUUGCAUCACAGUACAUUAUACCAGCUUGGAAAUGUGCUGUUAUUCUUUCUUCUGUCUGGUUUCUACAGAGAUGGAAAACAAAUGUUAUUAGUAGAGCCUUGGCCGGAAAGAGCAUUGAAUUGGGUGAUCGAGACAGGUUGUUCACUCUGGAGAGAAUAUCAUCUGUUGGUCUCUUUGCCAUUGGAAUAAUGGGGUUAGCUGAGGCAUGUGGGGUACCAGUACAAUCAAUUCUGACUGUGGGAGGAGUAGGAGGGAUAGCUACUGCUUUUGCUGCCCGAGAUGUCAUUGGGAAUAUUUUGAGUGGACUGUCUUUACAGAUUUCCCGGCCUUUUACUGUUGGAGAUACGAUAAGAGCUGGAUCUGUGGAAGGUCAAGUUGUAGAAAUGGGGAUGACAACUACGUCCUUGUUGACUGCAGAGAAGUUCCCAGUUAUUGUUCCAAAUUCCUUGUUUACUAGCCAGGUUAUAGUGAACAAAUCACGUGCUCAAUGGCGUGCCUUGGUCACGAAAGUUCCUUUGCACAUUGAAGACUUUGAGAAGAUCCCACAAAUAUCAGAAGACAUCAAGAAUAUGCUGAAAUUAUAUCCAAAUGUUUUCUUGGAAAAGGAGGUGCCCUAUUGUUUCUUGUCUAAACUAGAAAGAACAUACGCAGAACUAACUCUGGGAUGCAAUCUAGAACAUAUGAGCAAGGACAAGAUGUUUUCGACAGAGCAGGACAUUCUUCUGCAAGCCGCCCGUAUCAUCAAGCAACAUGGAGCUACUUUAGCUGACCUGCACUGAAUAUGUAGAAACAUUUUCUGAAUCUUGAAUUUAGGCUUUUCAUGUGCAAACCAACAUGCAUUUUGAUACCCAGCACAGGCAAAAGAAUGUGAAUAUGCCACACAUCACUCUUCCCGGUUAGUGCACACAUACAAGAGUUGAUUUGUUUACCAAUUGUUUCAAUCCAUUGAGUUUUUUUUUUUUU